UGAAUAAACAUUAUUACUAGCCAUAGUAUAUAUCGCAAUGGGAUCCGAUGGCAUUUUUAAACAUCCAUACUUUCCUAGAGAUUUAUCCAUUCCUCAUUAUAAACCAAACAAGAUCAGUAUCAAAGAAUUACUGGGUAUAUUUUUUUCGUUAGUUUUGAUCGUGUUUAUAAUCACCUGGAUUUAUACAACAAAGAAGAAAUUUACUGUUGGAUACAGACUGUUGCUAUGCUGGUUCACAAUAUGUGGAUUCAUCCACACAAUCCUGGAGGGAUAUUUUGCUUUUAAUCAUUCAACAUUAGCAGGAGGAUCCUCUUAUUUGGCAGAAAUGUGGAAGGAAUACGGCAAAGGUGAUAGUCGAUAUAUUACCUCUGAUACGUUCACUGUAUGCAUGGAAGGAAUAACCGCAGUUAUUGAUGGUCCUUUGUGUUUCCUGACCGUGAUAGCUUAUCUAAGCAACAGUCCUUACCGAUAUGUUUUACAAUUGAUUGUUUCCCUCUGCCAGCUAUACGGAGAUACCUUGUAUUUAUUAACAGAAGUCAAAGAUAGUUUCAUCCACAGUGAGCUGUAUCAUCCUUUACAUUUUUGGUUUUAUUUUUUAUUUUUGAAUUCUUUUUGGAUAAUAGUACCACUGAUUAUGAUUUGUCACGCCGUUUCCAAGAUCGUAAACUCACAGAAUACAUCAGAUUUUAGAUUUAAUAAUAGGAAUCAAAAGAAAAGCAGAUAGUUCCAAGUUUAGAACUACAUAUUGUCAAAUCAAUGUGAUUGGUAUCUAUUUGCAAUGAUGAAUAAACUGCAAGAUUUCUCUUUUCUAAACCUUACUGUAGGUUUAAGCAUUAAAGCACUGAAUAAUA